AACAUCCAGCCAAGACAUGUUCUCAACAUUGAAACCAGAUCGGAUCGGACUCCAUGAAGCCAUAAUUAUCGCUGCUCUUGAGUGAAGCUGAUAUCCUUUCUUUUCUACUGACCUCUUUGCACCGCUGUCCAGAUUAGUCUGUACGAACACCUCACCGCACGAACCGCAUUGACACCAUCGCACCCCUCCCUUCCAGAUCUCCCCUUCUCCGCUAUACGAGCCCGAUUGGACCAGAACCCGCACAAUCUGACGAUAACAACACACUAUCCUACGAAUAUUGACCUGAUAUUCCUCCAAUUUCCGAAUCCAAUGCAGUCCCCCGUUCCUUGCCGCCCUCACGACCGGUGAUAGACAUCCCCACACUGUUUCCUUCCGCCCCUCGUGCGGCUAGAUGGAAGAUCUAUGGCGUCCGGAUAUUAUAACUCGGCGUCCUCCACGACGUCAACCCAGCACCGGGCUCUGGGCGAUGCUCAAGGAAGAUCGCUAUCGAGCCUUGACGAUGGCUCCACGGACGGGAGCUGGGCCGACGCUUCGUCGCGAGUCGGGAGGAAUGCUCGGUCUGAGUCUGGUGGGAGUGCCAGCAUCUACUCCCGCGGAGCAGGAGGGUCCCUAGCGCCUGGACCAGGGAGUUUCAGCUCGGAGCUGAAGAGUAUGAAUACUUCGCGGAGUGUGACACCACGGCCGCCGGAUAGUGGUGGUGGUGGUGGUGGUAGUAGUAGUGCGACCGGCCCCGGGAUAUUCUCCGCGCGGAGAGCAAGCGGUACCGUCGACCCGUCGGAUGGGUUCUCGAAUACAGAAGAGCGUCAGGCGGUGAUUCGGGAUAAGAUUGCGAAGGAGGUGAAGAUCAAGACCGGGACGGAGAACAUGCUGGAGGCGCUGUUGGCUAAGAACCCGAAACACACCAAGGACCAGCGAAUAAGGGUAGAGUCGGAACUCAGUUCAUCGAAUCGCAAGCUGGCAGAACUACACCAUGAACUCGAGGAGGAGGUAUUACGAGCGCAGGCGCCGUCGACGACUCCCCCACGCAGUCGGAUAUCGACCCUCUUCCGCGGAAGUCCCAUGCGGCCGUCAUCAAGGGAACAUGAGACGGCGGAUGAAGGCCUGCCGGAGGAUGUUGAAGGGGAGAUGGAAUCGCCCACGUUUGUCUUGACGGAAACACUACAAGCAUUGGAGAUUGAAGGGAUGUCACCGGAUUUCUACGUGGAGCGGGCGAACAGCCUGGUGGAGCUUUUUAAUCGCCAUCCCACGUUGAAGUAUGAUCUGGCAUGGCCAGUCUUCGGUCUGCGAGUGCAGAGUAUGCUCCUGAGCGAUAAUAAGGAAAUCGUGGCCGCUGGUUACCGGUUGACCCGAUACGCCAUUGCGGACCGGAAAUCGCUCCAAAUAAUCCGGUCCCUGCACACCGACGAACUCGUCAUCUUAUCUCUCGUCAAGGAAAGCAAGGCAAAUCUCGAACGAGAACAGGCACUCAAAUUCGUCAGAGCUUUUCUUGAUGUCAAGGAUGGUGUUUGCGAGCUUUCCCGUGCUGUUGUUCGCACCAUCGUCGCCGUUGCUGAGCACGCCGACGAUCGUCUCCGCAAUAUUUCCGUCAUGACGCUGGCGGAAAUUCUAGUCAAAGAUCCCGCCUUGAUCGGUUAUGCCGGUGGAUUUGCUAUCUUGCAUGAUGCCCUCGCAGAAGGGACGUUUGGCGCCUCAGAGAGCUUGAUAUCGAGCUUCCUGCAUGUUCUAGAUACACCACAUAGCAGAAAGCAUCUGCGCGGCGGGAGUGAGCUCGAAGCUGUCCUUGCUCCAUUCACAGACUCUCUGGCCGACUCAGUGCGCAAUGGCCGGUUAAAAUCAUCAGCCAGGGCCAUAUCCGCGAUGCUCAAGACAUGGCCAGGUCUGGUUGUUCUCGCCAGGGACGGAGCCAGGCCUCUGCAUUCACUCCUCGAGUCAUUACACUACCCCGAUCCAACGGCAAGGGACCUCAUCAUGGAGCUGUUAUUCGAUGCUUUGCGUAUCAAGCCGCCAUCCUGGUCCUCAUCCUUCCUUGCCGGUCGUAGGCUUACGACUUAUGGGCGCGUUGCGAAUCUUAGAUCGGAGCCUGAUCAGAAACAGUUCGGUGCUCCCUACGAGAAUAACAAUAACCAGUUUGACCUAACAGAGCAUUUUUCGACUCUUAUAUUGGCUACGCUGGUUGAUGCAGGGUUAUCAAAGGCACUCUGUGAUUUGAUUGAAGAAGAAACCGAUCUGUCCGUUAGACGAAAAGCGACGCUAUUACUGACAGAAGUAUUGAAACUGGCGCACCACUCUCUGCCAAGCGAGACAAGUGCACAACUACAAGUCCUGCCGCAUUUGCUUCCACCUGCGCUCAACUUCGAUAUCGACAACCAUGACAUCUCGACCUCUACAAUCUACCAAAUUGACAGCAUCAACCGGACGCUCGCACGGUCACGCGGCUAUUCAAACGCGCCUGGUCGAUACAGCGUGAAUAUGGAUGUGUCGGCUUCGAUCCUGUCGGUCGACCAAGGAAAAGACAAACUGAGUCCUGCUAUGGACGAAACGCAAUUCCGCAACUCUAUCCUUGAGACGAACGUCCUGGGUACCGUCAAUUUCCUCAAGUGGAAGUGGGAUCUGAUCCAUCGUAUCGUCGAAGGCCCCUUGACAAAUCAGAAGCGACUAGACGAAGCGAUUAAGGGGUCUAAGUUCGUCAAACGACUUGUCGGGUUUUACCGGCCAUUCAAGUAUCGGUUCGCUGUGGUUCCGAAUACCAAACCCAACCAACGCUAUGUUCGGACCGGCUGUGUCUUGAUGCGUACUUUGGUCCAAAGCCCCGAGGGAACAAAAUAUCUCGCAGAGAAUAAGUUUCUCAGACAGGUUGCCGAGUGCCUUGCGCAGGUGGAUCGCAUGAGUGGUCUUACGUCUUCUGCUCCGUUGUUCUCGAAGGAGCAAAUGAGCAACACAUUGAGCGGUGGAUAUUUUGCAAUGCUUGGGACGUUGAGUGCAGAUACUAACGGACUGGCCAUGAUGGAGAGGUGGCACAUGCUCAACAUGUUCUACCAUAUAAUUGAGCUCCGGGAUCGGAAUGACCUGAUUCAGACCUUAUUAGGAAAUCUGGAUUAUUCGCAGGAAAGCCAUCUUAGAGUUAUGCUGUCCAAGGCACUGACGACCGGCUCAAAGGAGAUCCGCAUUUUCGCCACGAAGUUAUUGAGGAAGUAUGCCGUCAGAAACAUCUCUAUAUCGCAACAAGUCGGUGUUGGAUAUGCGGAGUGGGUUUUGAAACUCCUCGUGACGCAGCUGUAUGAUCCGGAUGUGUCUGUUUGCCAGGUGGCCGUCAAAAUUCUGGAAGAAGCAUGCAACCAACGCGACUAUCUCGAGUUUGUCGUCAAAUGUCGACCGUCUCUUGACCAUCUCGGAGAAAUUGGGGCGCCAUUACUCCUGCGGUUCCUCUCAACGUCCGUCGGGUACCACUAUCUGGACGGACUCGACUACAUCACGCAAGAAAUGGACGAUUGGUUCCUGGGACGCAAUGACGCUUAUGUGGGACUUGUGGAAGCGGCCCUUUCGCGCGCCUACGUCGACACACCACGAAGAGGCAGCAUUGUUCCGGAGGACCUAGUCGACAUGCAAGAUAUUGGACUAGUCCCGCCCCAUUUCUACCGCGAGCUCGCGCGAACAGCUGAAGGCUGCAGACUCCUCGAAGAGUCAGGCCACUUCAAUGAAUUCGCAUGGACGAUUCGAGACUUCCGCCUUAACGAAGAAGAACAUGAAUCCCUUUUAAAGGUGAAAGGGUGCUUAUGGGCCGUGGGUAACGUCGGGUCAAUGGAAUUUGGCGCGCCGUUCCUGGAGAAAGAUCUCGUGUGGCAUAUCGUGGGAAUUGCGGAAAGUGCUGAGGUGUUGACCAUGCGCGGGACAGCAUUCUUUGUCCUUGGUUUGAUCUCGCGGAGUCGGCAUGGGUUGUCGGUGCUACGGGAAGUUGGAUGGGAUUCGGCCGUUGAUCAGAAGGGGGAGUCUCUGGGAUUCAGUCUUCCGAAUGAUUUUAGGAAGUUGUUCUUGAUUGAUUUCCCUAAUUGCUCCCGCGACCCUGAACUGAAACGGAUAUCUCAUGAGAAGUUCAAAGCUGCCGCUACAGAUCCGGACCCUGCGAAUCAGAAGAUUCUGAAACUGAUCGUCGACAUGGGAAAUACCGUUCUGUCCAAGAGGGCAGCAUCGGACUUGCAUAGCAUCAAAGCAAAAUACCCCGAGCGCUUCCACCAAGCCCAACUUUUCCGCAAAACCCUCGAUAUCCUCGAAAGCCACCACUUCCGACUCCCCGCGCGGCGGUUCGCCCUGGACCUAUUCGACAAGAGCGUCAUGCGCCGGAUAGUUCUCGAAGAGGACUCUGAUACGGAGUCGGAUGUUAGCUCGUCGCAGGGGUCCGCUGAUUAAACACCUAUCCCGUUACCCCGUCUAUUUAUAUCUCUUAUAGAUCCGGUGCUUUCACACCACACUCCCUCCACCCUUCUCCAACUGUUACUUUUACCUUUAUCUCUUUUGAAUAUAUCAUAUACCCCACUGUCAAUGACACGGAUACAGUCGUCUCCGGACCUAUGGAGUUUUAUACAGUAUACGUCUUAUGAACAAAACUGGAUGUUGAGAGUCUGUGUGUGGGUUGCUUAAGCGUUGAAUUGAUUGAUUGAAUUGAAUUGCAUUUGCAUGUGUAUAGUUUUGUGUUACUUAUUGUGGUGUGUUCGGCUUUGGUUGGGAGCAUGGUUAGGCUAUGAGGAAUGAAUCCACUUACAUUUGAG